AUUACCAUGGAGACGGCUUGUACACAGUUUCUCCUUUCCUCCGCUCAGUCCUGGGGUCCCACGGCAGCCCAGGUGGGAGCCCGCCAGGUCGGGGCGGGGCCGGGCGCCCAUGAACAGCGGGGUCCCGGCCGCCCUGACCGUGCGGAGAGUGAAAUUCUUCGGCCGUCACGGCGGGGAGGUCAAUUCCUCUGCCUUCUCCCCUGAUGGCCAGAUGCUGCUCACAGGCUCAGAGGAUGGCUGCGUGUAUGGCUGGGAGACCCAGAGUGGGCAGCUGCUGUGGAGGCUGGGUGGCCACACAGGCCCCGUGAAGUUCUGCCGCUUCUCCCCUGAUGGCCACCUCUUCGCCAGCGCCUCCUGUGACUGCACUGUCCGCCUGUGGGAUGUGGCAAGAGCCAAGUGUCUCCGGGUCCUGAAGGGUCACCAACGGAGUGUGGAGACGGUCAGCUUCAGCCCUGACUCGAAGCAGCUGGCAUCAGGUGGCUGGGACAAGCGGGUGAUGCUCUGGGAAGUGCAGUCUGGCCAGAUGCUGCGCCUCUUAGUUGGGCACCGCGACUCCGUCCAGAGCAGCGACUUCUCACCCACGGCGAACUGCCUGGCCACCGGCUCCUGGGACUCCACCAUACGCAUCUGGGACCUGCGGACGGGGACCCCAGCAGUCUCCCACCAGGCGCUAGAGGGACACAGUGGCAACAUCAGCUGCCUGUGCUACUCAGCAUCCGGCCUCCUGGCCUCCGGUUCCUGGGACAAGACCAUCCACAUCUGGAAGCCCACAACCAGCAGCCUGCUUAUCCAACUGAAGGGCCACGUCACCUGGGUGAGGAGCAUAGCCUUCUCUCCCGACGAGCUGUGGCUGGCCAGCGCCGGCUAUUCCCGCAUGGUCAAAGUCUGGGACUGCAACACAGGAAAGUGCCUUGAGACCCUGAAGGGAGUCCUGGACGUGGCCCACACCUGUGCCUUCACCCCAGAUGGGAAAAUCUUAGUGUCUGGAGCUGCCGAUCAGACCCGACGUCGAACAUCCCGCACGACCAAAUCACCCAGGGACCCUCAAACCUCCCGCACGACCAAAUCACCCAGGGAUCCUCAAACCUAA